ACGCUGAACGCGCGCAGGUAGACCAGAAGGCGCUCGGGGUGGCUCCUGGGAACAUGCGACGUUACACAAACAAGACAAACAGGCGACAUCGGGCCGGUUAUCCGACUGAAUCCGUCCCAUGGUGAAUACUUUCUCUGGAGGAAGUUCAGGAGUCGCGGGCAGAAGAGCUGUGAUUGGCGGGGAAGCCCUCCGUCCGCGAAGCCGGAGGAGUCGACGCCGACAUGGAGCGCUGGUCUCGGGGCGUGUUUGAUUGCGACAUAUAGCCGUCAACCGGAUACCCGAGUUAUUUUGAUUAACGGCAGGUCGGCCAGGUGAUGCUGAUGGACAAAGACACUCAGUGGCUGUAUCAUCUCCUGGCCGAGGUCCAGCUGGAGAAGUUCUACCUGCGCCUCCGAGAUGGCCUCAACAUCACCCGCACCGAGCACUUCAACUACGUCAAGGAGUCCGACCUGGAGCAGAUCGGGAUCAGCAAACCCGCCCAAAGAAGAUUAUGGGAUGCUCUGAAACGCCACAAGACCAAUGCCCGAGCGCGGCCAUGGACGCCCAAGGCAGCCGGCGGUCGAGAUCGGGACGGGGGGGAGCCGUGGAGCGGGGGAGGCCCGGCUCAGGGUCAGGAGGGGGGUAGCCGGGCUCUUCCGUGCCUGAUCCAGGACAGCGAGCUGGUCCUGGGGGAGAAGCUGGGCUCCGGGUCCUUUGGGGUGGUGAAGAGGGGAGAGUGGCACACGCCUACCGGCAAAGUGUUGCCAGUGGCAGUGAAGUCCCUGAGGAGCAGCAUGGCCAGGCAGACGGACACGCUGACGGACUUCCUCCAAGAGGUGACCACCAUGCAGUCGCUGGACCACCCCAACAUCAUCCGGCUGUACGGCGUGGUGCUCACGCAGCCCCUCAAGAUGGUAACGGAGCUGGCCCCGUCGGGCUCGCUGUACGACAUCCUGCGCUCGCGGCAGUACGAGUACCCGCUGCUGCGCCUCUGGCUCUUUGCGUCCCAGAUCGCGGCCGGGAUGGACUACCUGGAGACCAGGAGGCUCAUCCACAGGGACCUGGCCGCGAGGAACGUCCUGCUGGCGUCCAGGGAGAUGGUGAAGAUCGGGGACUUUGGCCUGAUGAGAGGCCUGAGCCUGGAGACGGACCACUAUGUGAUGAGCGCACACAGGAGGAUCCCGUUUGCGUGGUGUGCUCCAGAGAGUCUUCGCGUCGGCACCUUUUCGCAUUCCUCAGACGUGUGGAUGUUCGGCGUCACCAUGUGGGAGAUGUUCACCUACUGUGAAGAGCCGUGGUUCGGCCUGUCGGGCAGACAGAUUCUGUGGCGCGUGGAGAGGGAGGGGGAGCGCCUGGAGAAACCGCCGGAUUGCCCGAAAGAGCUGUACGCCGUCAUGAGGAGGUGCUGGGCCUGCAACCCCGUGGACAGACCCAGCUUCGUCCAGCUCACCGCGAUUCUGGCGGAGGCGAGACCGAUGGAAGUGAAAGCAACAAGAGACUUUGCAGAACCCAGAAAACUUGCCCUUGUGGCCAACGACCUUGUGACCGUCAUAGAACAUGGUCUGGAGCUGAGCGAGUGGAAAGGCCAGAACCAGAAGACGCUGACAGUCGGCUGGUUUCCCGCCAUCCUCACUGCGCCGUCGUCGCACCCUUCUGCCGCCACCGUCGCCACGGCGGGCAACUCCGGGCCCAACCCCACUUUUUCCAUCUCCACCCCGCUGAACGGCAGCCUGCAGCACACGGGCCACGGAGACACCAAACCCGAGCGCCGCUGGGGAGCGCCGGAUAACCUGGACGACAACGGCAGUGGGAAGACGGGCCCCGCCAGGGAGCGGGAGGACUCCAAUCUGCAGCAAAUGGCAGGUAUGUCUAAGAGCCUGGAGUCCGUUGUGAAUGGACAGCGGCCGAGUGCUCACACGGUCGGGGCGCUCCGAGUGGACCAGCAGGGCCGGCUCGUGGUCCCCGUGAUGCCGGCUCGCAGCGUGGUGACCUCUGACCCGCGGCGGUUCAGCGAGGCCAGCAUCAUGCCGCCUCCCCGGCCGCCGCCGCCCAACCUGAAACGCCUGAACCUGAUGAAAGCCCAGCGGAGGCCCACGGCCCACCCGGUCCAGGGGACCUCCUGGACUCCGCCCCUGGUCCUGUCUCCUCCGGCGCGUUACCCGCCUCACCAGGGCCUCGGGGGCUCCAACCUGGCCAAGAUGGCCCAAUUGGCUCGCUCGACCCCGCAGCUGGACGAGUGCACGGACACCCGAGAGCGGGAGAGGGAGCGGGAGAGGGAGCGGGAGAGGGAGCGGUCGAGGGAGCGAGAAAAGGCCCACGUGCAGAACACGAGGGAGAGUCUCACCGCGCAGAUCAUGGAGGCGGUUCACGGAGUGACCAUCGAAGAGGUCCACGCUGCGCUCCAACGCAACGACUGGAACCCGGUGCGAGCCCAACAACAACUCAAGUUGGAGCAGCUGUACUUGCUGAGCCUCUGCUCCAGAGAAGACUGCCUGAAGAUCCUCUCCAAGUACCAGUGGAACCUGCAGCUGGCCAGCAGCUACCUGAUCCGAUGGUCGCGGGAGGAGAGGCCCGCCGUCGGGACCGAGAGACGAGUCUGAAGGGAUUUUAUAGCUGAUUUAUUUUUUAUUUUUUGUACAUGUAUUCAUUCAUAAGUGCUCGACUUGUUCAGUAACUAUUGUGGCACCGGAGGCUGCCCGACACAACUUUGGGAACAGAUGGGAGCUCCAAUAAAUAUAUAAGUGGAGAAGUGAAGUUGUAUGAAUGUAGAAAAGGAAAAGACUUCUGACGGGAAUUCAACAAAAAGACUACUGAUGACUGUUUUUGUAUUUUUAAUGUUGUUCAGCACAUUUUGUGCAUCUUGCAAAUAUGUUUUUGUAUCUUAAUGCAUCUGUGUAAAUAUUGUAUGAGAAAUGACUAUUGAAUAAAAGUGAUUCUCUGGUCUAAAUGCUAA